ACUAUCAGGACUCGGGAGCACUAAUUCUAGGGUUAGGGUUUUGAACCAUUCUGUGUUUUCUUCUUCCAUAUUUGGGGGAUUCUUUAGGGUUUUUAGUUUUAAUAAUUUAUUCCGCGAAAAAAGAAAUAAACAGUUAUAAUAAUUUAUAGAGCUCUCUUUGUUUUGCUUAGUGUGUGGUACGCCCAUAGUUUUUUGGUUUUCUUCCUCGGGAUUCGUGACAGUGGUGAUUGUCUGUGUGAGUGAUCGUUUUCUGGGCUUCAGCGCCCUCUGGCCGUUGAAAUCCAUGAUCAUCAGCGUUCCAUGGACCCAUCUCCGGUGCCAACCACUCCUCCAGUUGAAGAAGAUGAUGAGUGGGACACUGAUGGAUUCGUGAUUCCAAGCUUGGAAAUAGGGGAUCCUGUUCAACAUGAGGUUGAUGGUCCAGAAGUAGAAUCUCCAAAACUUCCUCCAAAGGCUAAAAAAGAGGAGAACAUCUACCUAGGACCACACGGAGCACCACCUUCACGGUCAAAACAGCAGGAACAGAACUCUGCUGGUCGUAAGCAGCGGUUCAAGCAAAAAUUGAAGGAAGCAGAUCGGAGGACUAGCGAGACAGGCCGAGAGAAUAAGUUAGAAAAUCUGCGAGAACUUGUGGGUGAUGGCAAAGCAACUGUCAGCAUGGCGAAGGGCUCUUCCAGGGAUUGGCUAGACCUACACUGCCAUGAGUCUCAGUUUGAGAAGUGGAAUCCCCAGUGAGUGGAGUAUCUGAUAGCUAUUCAACUUGGCGCCCAAGCGUUUCCCUUUUCUUUUUGGCCAUAACGCUAUUGCGAGCUGUCCUUUUGAAUUUACUGAGGUUAUGCAUCGUGAGAAUAAAUUAUCUAUCGGACCUUUGAGUAUUGCUUCAGUUGCUAGAGAUUAUUGUAGUUACAGUUGUGUUGUUUGGAUUGUAUUAUUUACAGUUGGUUGUUUGCCA